AUGGCGGGGAGCGAGCAGGAGAUGUGCCUCGUGUGCUUCAGCGUCAACUGCAUGGAGAAGGUGCGUCACAGUUUCAACUGCAUGGAGAAGGUGCGUUACAGUCUCAACUGCAUGGAGAAGGACGACCACACGGGCGCCAUGCGGUGCAGCGAGUGCGGCAUGGUGUCGCAGCAGUUCCGCGAGGAGGACAACGAGGGCGGCGCGGGCGGCGCGGGCGGAGGCGCGGCGGGGACGGGGGUGGGGGGGAUGGGGGGGUCGCAGGCGGUGGUGCGCGAGAGCAACGUGGCGCUGCACCAGCAGCGGCAGGACGUCGCUGCGGCGGACGCCGCCAGGGCUGCUCGCGCCGUCAGCCUGCAAGUGCAGGGGACCAUGCGCCAUGUACGCUUGCAAACUGUGAAGAGAGCAAGAUUUUUCCCAUCUGCCUACCAUCAAUGCCAACCACCCCCUCCACAUCCCCUUUUUUCCUCCCCACCUCACCCCUUCCUCUUCCACCUAAACCCCCACCUCACCCCCACCCCCCCUUCCCCCCCCUUCCUCCCCUUCUUCUUCCCGCCCACCCCGCGCUCCCUCCCCCAGGCGCACGCCCUGGCGGAGCACUAUAGCACGGGGCUUCACGCCAUGCUGGCCCGCCAGUGCCACGCCAUGCCUUCCAUUACUGCUGCCCCCUCCCCCACCUUUCCCCCCUUCCACCCACCCCCUUCCACUCCCCCCCCUUCCCCAGGCGCACGGCCUAGCGGAGCACUACUGCGCGGGGCUGCACGCCAUGCUGGCAGAGCGCUCUCUCAUCUCACCUCCCCUCUCCCCCCUCCUCCUCCCCCCUCCUCCUCCCCCCCCCUCCCCCUCCAGGCGCACGCCCUGGCGGAGCACUACUGCGCGGGGCUUCACGCCAUGCUGGCCCGCCAGUGCCACGCGCUCUCCGCCCUGCUCGCCCCGCCCACACCUGCUCCGCCCCAGGGGCCCAUGGGGGAGGGCGGGGAGCGCAAGGAGCAGGACACUGCUGCUGCUGCGGCUGCCUCGGCUGCCAAUGCAGCAGCGCUGAGCAGCGUGGCGCGGCAGAUCCUGCUGCGCCUCGUGCUGCACUCGGGUGUGCUCCGCCAAGGGUAUGCCGAGCGCUGCUGGCUGCUGUGGCGCGUGGGUGAGGGCACAUGGGGAGGGGGGCACGCUUGGGAGGAAGGGGAAAGGGGUGCGGGAGGGGUUGGGGGAGGGGGAAAUGGGGAGGAGGGAUGGGGAGGGGAGGCGAAGUCUGGUGGAAGGAAGAGACGAGGUGGAGGUGAGAUGGGAGGGGAAGGGGGGGAGGCACUGCAACGGGAGAUGGCAGGGUGGGGCAUGGAGGGCGGGAGCGGGGGCUUUGGGGGAAUGGGGUGCGCGGCAGCGCAGGGGGCAGGCGAAGAAGGGAGAGACAAAGAGGGGAACGGCGCAGUGGGUGGCACGGGGCAGCACGAGGAGGAGGAUGAGUGGGCGCGGGAGCUGCGGGCGAUUCUGGCGGGCGCGAGGCGGAGCAGGCGGCAAGAGAGGGAGGAGGUGAGGAAGCGGGCGAGGCGGGCGCGGAGGAAGAAGUGGGGGCAGUUUGAAGCGGAGCUGGCGGCCAUUCGGGAGGACGAGGCUGCUGAGAGACGCGAAGGAAGUGAGGGGAUGGGGGGGGAUGGGAUGGGAGUGGAAGGGGAGGGAGAGGAGGAGGAAGGAGGGAAGGGGGGGAGUGAGAAGGCGUCGAUGAGGGAGACGUGGUUUGCUCUGGCGGAGAGGCUUCAGACAAGCCCUUUCUUUGCCGUCACCUGCAAGCUGCACGUCCACCUACCACUGCACGCCUCACUCGCUUCCCUCUACCUCGCCUCUCACUACCUCCGCCUGCCGCUGCUCCCCACCGACAUCUGCCACCUGGCGCUCUCCGGUUCGCUGCCCUACCUGUCCGCGUGGCGCCAGCUGUCGCCCUUCGAGGGCUACCCCGCCAGCGUCCCACCCGCCACGCUCUUCCGUCCGCUCGCCCUCUGCUCUGCUCGCCUGCUCGAGCUGCUCGCUGCCUCUGCUGCCGCAUCCAUCGCCCUGCGCCUGCCCCCCCUCAACUUCCGCCUAAUUGGGGAGCGGUUUCUUCAGCCCCGUCCUUUCCGCUUUCUCCCAAAUUCCCGUCCCUUCCGCUUUCUCCCCAAACCCCGUCCCUUCCGCUUUUUCCCCAAACCCCGUCCCUUCCGCUUUCUCCCCAACUCCCGUCCCUUCCGCUUUCUCCCCAAACCCCGUCCCUUCCGCUUUCUCCCCAAACCCCGUCCCUUCCGCUUUCUCCCCAAACCCCGUCCCUUCCGCUUUCUCCCCAAACCCCGUCCCUUCCACUUUCUCCCCAAACCCCGUCCCUUCCGCUUUCUCCCAAAUUCCCGUCCCUUCCGCUUUCUCCCCAAACCCUGUCCCUUCCGCUUUCUCCCCAAACCCCGUCCCUUCCGCUUUCUCUCCAAACCCCGUCCCUUCCGCUUUUUCCCCAAACCCCGUCCCUUCCGCUUUCUCCCCAAAUCUCGUCCCUUCCGCUUUCUCCCCAAACCCCGUCCCUUCCGCUUUCUCCCCAAACCCCGUCCCUUCUGCUUUCUCCCCAAAUCCCGUCCCUUCCGCUUUCUCCCCAACUCCCGUCCCUUCUGCUUUCUCCCCAAACCCCGUCCCUUCCGCUUUCUCCCCAAACCCCGUCCCUUCCGCUCUCCCCAAAUCCCGUCCCUUCCGCUUUCUCCCCAAACCCCGUCCCUUCCCCUUUCUCCCAAAACCCCGUCCCUUCCGCUUUCUCCCCAACUCCCGUCCCUUCCGCUUUCUCCCCAAACCCCGUCCCUCCCGCUUUUUCCCCAAUUCCCGUCCCUUCCGCUUUCUCCCCAUAUCCCGUCCCUUCCGCUUUCUCCCCAAACCCCGUCCCUUCCGCAUUCUCCCCAACUCCCGUCCCUUCCGCUUUCUCCCCAAACCCCGUCCCUUCCGCUUUCUCCCCAUUCCCGUCCCUUCCGCUUUCUCCCCAAACCCCGUCCCUUCUGCUUUCUCCCCAAACCCCGUCCCUUCCGCUUUCUCCCCAAACCCCGUCCCUUCUGCUUUCUCCCCAAAUCCCGUCCCUUCCGCUUUCUCCCUAACUCCCGUCCCUUCUGCUUUCUCCCAAAACCCCGUCCCUUCCGCUUUCUCCCCAAACCCCGUCCCUUCCGCUUUCUCCCCAAACCCCGUCCCGUCCGCUUUCUCCCUAAACCCCGUCCCUUCCGCUUUCUCCCAACUCCCGUCCCUUCCGCCUUCUCCCCAAACCCCGUCCCUUCCGCUUUCUCCCCAAACCCCGUCCCUUCCGCUUUCUCCCCGAACCCCAUCCCUUCCGCUUUCUCCCCAACCCUUCCAAUUUCUCCCCAAACCCCGUCCCUUCCGCUUUUUCCCCAAACCCCGUCCCUUCCGCUUUCUCCCCAACUCCCGUCCCUUCCGCUUUCUCCCCAAACCCCGUCCCUUCCGCUUUCUCCCCAAACCCCGUCCCUUCCGCUUUCUCCCCAAACCCCGUCCCUUCCGCUUUCUCCCCAAACCCCGUCCCUUCCCCUUUCUCCCAAAACCCCGUCCCUUCCGCUUUCUCCCCAACUCCCGUCCCUUCCGCUUUCUCCCCAAACCCCGUCCCUCCCGCUUUCUCCCCAAUUCCCGUCCCUUCCGCUUUCUCCCCAUAUCCCGUCCCUUCCGCUUUCUCCCCAAACCCCGUCCCUUCCGCAUUCUCCCCAACUCCCGUCCCUUCCGCUUUCUCCCCAAACCCCGUCCCUUCCGCUUUCUCCCCAAUCCCGUCCCUUCCGCUUUCUCCCCAAACCCCGUCCCUUCCGCUUUCUCCCCAAACCCCGUCCCUUCCACUUUCUCCCAAAUUCCUGUCCCUACCGCUUUCUCCCCAAAUCCCGUCCCUUCCGCUUUCUCCCUAACUCCCGUCCCUUCUGCUUUCUCCCAAAACCCCGUCCCUUCCGCUUUCUCCCCAAACCCCGUCCCUUCCGCUUUCUCCCCAAACCCCGUCCCGUCCGCUUUCUCCCUAAACCCCGUCCCUUCCGCUUUCUCCCAACUCCCGUCCCUUCCGCCUUCUCCCCAAACCCCGUCCCUUCCGCUUUCUCCCCAAACCCCGUCCCUUCUGCUUUCUCCCCGAACCCCAUCCCUUCCGCUUUCUCCCCAACCCUUCCACUUUCUCCCCAAACCCCGUCCCUUCCCCUUUUUCCCCAAACCCCGUCCCUUCCGCUUUCUCCCCAACUCCCGUCCCUUCCGCUUUCUCCCCAAACCCCGUCCCUUCCGCUUUCUCCCCAAACCCCGUCCCUUCCGCUUUCUCCCCAAACCCCGUCCCUUCCGCUUUCUCCCCAAAUCCCGUCCCUUCCGCUUUCUCCCCAAACCCCGUCCCUUCCGCUUUCUCCCCAAUCCCGUCCCUUCCGCUUUCUCCCCAAACCCCGUCCCUUCUGCUUUCUCCCCAAACCCCGUCCCUUCCGCUUUCUCCCCAAACCCCGUCCCUUCUGCUUUCUCCCCAAAUCCCGUCCCUUCCGCUUUCUCCCUAACUCCCGUCCCUUCUGCUUUCUCCCAAAACCCCGUCCCUUCCGCUUUCUCCCCAAACCCCGUCCCUUCCGCUUUCUCCCCAAACCCCGUCCCGUCCGCUUUCUCCCUAAACCCCGUCCCUUCCGCUUUCUCCCAACUCCCGUCCCUUCCGCCUUCUCCCCAAACCCCGUCCCUUCCGCUUUCUCCCCAAACCCCGUCCCUUCUGCUUUCUCCCCGAACCCCAUCCCUUCCGCUUUCUCCCCAACCCUUCCACUUUCUCCCCAAACCCCGUCCCUUCCGCUUUCUCCCCAACUCCCGUCCCUUCCGCUUUCUCCCCAAACCCCGUCCCUUCCGCUUUCUCCCCAAACCCCAUCCCUUCCGCUUUCUCCCCAAACCCCGUCCCUUCCGCUUUCUCCCCAAACCCCGUCCCGUCCGCUUUCUCCCCAAACCCCGUCCCUUCCGCUUUCUCCCCAAAUCCCGUCCCUUCCGCUUUCUCCCCAAACCCCGUCCCUUCCGCUUUCUCCCCAAUCCCGUCCCUUCCGCUUUCUCCCCAAACCCCGUCCCUUCUGCUUUCUCCCCAAACCCCGUCCCUUCCGCUUUCUCCCCAAACCCCGUCCCUUCUGCUUUCUCCCCAAAUCCCGUCCCUUCCGCUUUCUCCCUAACUCCCGUCCCUUCUGCUUUCUCCCAAAACCCCGUCCCUUCCGCUUUCUCCCCAAACCCCGUCCCUUCCGCUUUCUCCCAACUCCCGUCCCUUCCGCCUUCUCCCCAAACCCCGUCCCUUCCGCUUUCUCCCCAAACCCCGUCCCUUCUGCUUUCUCCCCGAACCCCAUCCCUUCCGCUUUCUCCCCAACCCUUCCACUUUCUCCCCAAACCCCGUCCCUUCCGCUUUCUCCCCAACUCCCGUCCCUUCCGCUUUCUCCCCAAACCCCGUCCCUUCCGCUUUCUCCCCAAACCCCGUCCCUUCCGCUUUCUCCCCAAACCCCGUCCCUUCCGCUUUCUCCCCAAACCCCGUCCCUUCCGCUUUCUCCCCAAUCCCGUCCCUUCCGCUUUCUCCCCAAACCCCGUCCCUUCUGCUUUCUCCCCAAACCCCGUCCCUUCCGCUUUCUCCCCAAACCCCAUCCCUUCCGCUUUCUCCCCAAACCCCGUCCCUUCCACUUUCUCCCAAAUUCCUGUCCCUACCGCUUUCUCCCCAAGCCCUGUCCCUUCCGCUUUCUCCCCAAACCCCGUCCCAUCCGCUUUCUCCCCAAACCCCGUCCCUUCCGCUUUCUCCCCAAAUCCCGUCCCUUCCGCUUUCUCCCCAAACCCCGUCCCUUCCGCUUUCUCCCCAAACCCCGUCCCUUCCGCUUUCUCCGCAAACCCCGUCCCUUCCGCUUUCUCCCCAAACCCCGUCCCUUCCGCUUUCUCCCAAACCCCCCCCUCACCCGCCUCUGCAUUGCCCCCUCCGUCCCUCUCCCCUUCCUUCCCUCUCUCCCUGUCCCGUUCCACCCCUCCGUACCCCUCCGUCCCAUCCCUCCCUCCCCUCUGUUCCUCCUGCCCCACCAGGAGCUGCACCUACCCGUACCGCUCUUCGCCCCUUUCCUGCACCGCCUCUUUGACCUCCUUUGCCCCUCCGCCUCCCUUGCCCCUUCCCUCCCAUCCCUCCUCCCCCGCUUCCACCUCUCGCCCCACCCCUCUGGGUGGCCCACGCGCCUCUACGUCAUGGCAGCGGUCGUUGUCUCCCUCAAGCUCGCCCUCGCCCUCGGCUCCUGGCCCUGCCUCAACCCUUCAUCAUGCACACGCGCAAGGGCAUCGCCAACACCAGCAGCAAGAGCAUCAGCAGCAGUGGCAGCAGCAGCAUCAGCAGGAGCAGCAGGGGGUGGAGCGGCGGUGUGCAAGGCUGCUGUGGCUGCCCCGCGCGCCACGGUGUCGCUGGCUCGGGGCGCGGUGUCGGGGUGGCAGCACAUGCUGCAGCAGCGCAAGCAAGGCGAUGCAAGGCAAGGCGGGUCGCUGGCAGGGAAGGUAGACGAGGGGCGAGGGGAGGAUGGGGUGGAGGGGCAGGAGGAGGGGGAGGAGGAGGGGGAGGAGGAGGGGGAGGAGGAGGGGGUAGGGGAGGAGGAAGGGAAGGAGGAAGGGGAGGAAGGGGAGGAAGGGGAGUGGGAUGUGCGGCGGGUGGUGCAAGCAGUGGAGGGCAUCCGGCAGCAGCUGCUGCAGAUGCCCAUGCAGACCCGUGCUGGGGCUGGCGGGGGACGCAUGCAGGGAGAGGGGGAGGAUGGAUCAGAGGGAAGAGCGCCGCUGCAGCUGCGGCAGUACCUGCAGCACUGCGAGCGCCACGUGUUUGCCCCCGACGCCACGCGCGGCGCCGACCCCUCCACUCUCGACCGCGAGCUGCGCGCCCACCUGCACGCCGCCCUCCCCCUGCGGGCCCCCUCGCCUCCCGCAGCCCAUGGGGACGCUCAUGGGAGCGGUGUCAUGCAGGCGUCAUGCAGGCGUCAUGCAGGUGUCAUGCAGGUGUCAUGCAGGUGUCAUGCAGGUGUCAUGCAGUGUUGCGCUGCCCCAGGGCCUGUUGUGCUCUGCUCAUGUAUCGCAGGUGUCAUGCAGCCCCUGUGUGGCAGUGAGCUGGUGUACUACGAGUGUGAUAGGAUUCAAUAA